AUGGCCGAACUGCGCACCCCGCUGAAAAGCAUAUUGAACUUUCGCGAUGUUGGCCACUUCGUCAACGAAAGUACGGGAACAAGCCACCUAAAACCCGGCUUGUUGUAUCGAAGUGCUCGCCCUGAUGAGGCUUCUUUGCAGGAUAGGCAAAGACUCGUCAAGGAAUAUCGCAUGAGCAGCAUCAUUGAUCUUCGAACAAAAACAGAGCACAUUGAGCAAGCACAAAAGCAUGGAGCGAGGAUCAGAGCUUCAGCGGCGGCGCCCCAGACCAACGACGGCGCAGCAGAGCCACUAAAGAUACCCGGCGUCGUCUAUCACGAAAUCAAUUUUAACGGAUCGGCCUUUUCGCGGAUGCUGCUUUCGAAGCUAGCUUGGAUGGAAUUGUUCAGACUCCUUGGACUCAUGAUGCUAGGGUACCGCAAAGAUGCCAUCAAGAUCAUGGCUCCGCACAUGGAGGAGAUGGGACUGGUGGGACUAGCAAAUCAGUCCCUGGAUGUCUGCACGUACGAGGUUAGACAAGUCUUCAACGUGCUUGCCAAGGAAGAGAACUGGCCACUGCUCGUGCACUGCACACAGGGCAAGGACCGAACAGGACUUGUCGUGAUGCUCAUUCUCCUGCUCCUGCACGUCGACCUGAGAGUCAUUGACGACGAUUAUCGACUGUCUGAGCCGGAGCUUGCACCCGAGAUGGAGGAGAGGCUGCAGGAAAUGGGAGCCAUUGGCCUGUCCGAGCAGUUUGCCGUGUGUCCCUCAGACCUGGUGCCGAGUGUCAACUCUCACAUAGUGGACAAGUACGGCGGCGUUGAGCAGUACCUCGAGAAAGCCGGUGUGAGCAAAGAGCAGGUCGACUUUGUGAGAAGAAAACUCUUGGCAGCCGAGUCGUGAUUAUUUCUCCCUUGGUCAUGUACAUACGAUGGGCUUGGCAGUUUGGGGGUUUGCUCUUAUCAGCCCCAACUUUCUUAACCACAUGGGAAUGCUGCUAGACGCGUGUAUACUAGCGGAACACUAUCGCACCACC